AUGCCGUUGUCAAACUUUUCUGUCCCAGAUUCUACCUCAGUUGUCAAUGUCCGCAUCAUUGACUCCACGUCCUCCAUUGAUGUCCAUAUGGAGGGCAUGGUAUCCCAUGCUAUAAAGGGCCACUCUCGAUUUGAGUGCCCAGCUUACUCGUUCCUCAUUGAACACCCAUCUUCUGGCCGUAAAGUACUCUUCGACCUAGGUGUACGAAAGGACUUUCACAACCUCGCCCCGCCCAUUACAAACUGGCUCACUGAAAGCGGAACUAUAUGCAGCGUCGAAAAAGAUGUUUCUACGAGCACGGCGCUUCUGGUAGGACCGGGCUUCAAGCAGCUGUUCACGCCUGGCUACCCAACAAAUCCGGAAUCCCCCGUCCUAGACUCCGACUUCGCUGGCCGCGAACUCCGCGAACUGAGCUUUGCGGAUUCCACCGUCAAAGUCGGACGCUUCCCUGCAAUUACAUUAUGGAUGCGCCAGGCCACACAGUCGGUCAUCUCAAUGCUCUGGCAAGAAGAGCCCUUCUACGGCAUAGUACGGCCUGGGAUGCUGUUUGGUGACGCAGACGCCGCCGAAGAGACAGUAGACAAGAUCAUCGAAGCCGACGGCAGCAAGAACACUUUUGUCGUCAUUGCACAUGAUUGCCAUCUGAAAGGUGUAGUUGACUUAUUUCCGAAGUAUGCAAAUGAUUUCUUGAAGAAGGGUUGGGUUGAGAAGAGCAGAUGGGUGUUUUUGAAGGAUUUCAAGGAAGCGGUUGAUGAGAGAACGGAUGAGAAGCUUUAG